AAUCGCUUUUCUUAAUAUAUGACAGUCCCUUGGUGAACAAAGAAGAUAUCUUCCAGUGGCCUUUGGGAGUAGCUACAAAAUAGAGUCCCCCUGAGAAGACGGGAACAGCGACCAUCUAGACAUAGCACAACUAUGCAAUUACGGAAAAUGGCGUUCGGAAAUGUGAAAGUGCAUUUGAUUCACGACAAUAGCCAAAAUUGAUAAUCCCGAAGUUGACUGUGAAGGUAAAUCUGUAAAAUGACCACAGCAGCAGAGGAAAAAGAGCUUCAGGAGAGACUGAGGGAAGCUGCUGCUUUGGGGGACAUUGAAGAAGUUCAGCGAUUGGUGGGAGCUGGAGCGGACGUCAACUCUCAAAACGAAAUCAAUGGCUGGACUUGCCUGCACUGGGCCUCCAAACGGAACCACGCUCGGGUGGUGUCAUACCUUCUCGGUGCCGGAGCCGAUAAGGAGAUUCUCACAGUUAGAGAAGAAACACCGGCCCAGUUGACGUCCAAGAGGGAAAUCAGGAAGAUACUGGGAGCAGAAGAAGCCGAUGAUCUUCCGGAUGUGAAGAGAGACUCCACCUUGCCCAUUAUCCCCAAUUACUUGGCUAACCCGCCAUUUCCUUAUGUGUAUAACUCCAUGGGCAGCGGCACGACCGGCAUCUCCUCUUCCUCUCUGAAUGGGAAACUUUCCCCUUCUUCAGAACGACACAAUGAGGAUUGCCCCGUGUCUUUACCUCAGGUCCAGGUGCCUGGCGCUGCCUUAUUGCAACAUGAAAAGUCUCCUCCUGUCGGGGACAUGCCUAGACCAUCCCACGCAAGAUGCCUAGAACCUGCUCUCCAGAAUGGUCGUCUUCCCCAAAUGCCUGUUCCUCCAAAUAGGAUUUUCUCUGCUCCAGCUAAACCUAAUCAACCUGAAGCUCAGCAACAGAACGGCUGUCGUGCAGGACCCGUUCCGGCAUUCCAGCCCUUUUUCUUCACCGGGGCACUCCCCUACAGCAGUACGCAAGAACUGGUGCUGAAGGUUAGGAUUCAGAACCGCGCUCUCAAAGAGAAUGACUUCAUCGAGAUCGAACUGGACCGGCGAGAACUGACUUACGACGAACUGCUCCGAGUGAGCUGUUGUGAACUGGGGGUGGAUCCGGAGCACGUGGAGAAAAUCCGGAAGCUUCCCAACACAGUGUUAAGGAAGGACAAAGACGUUGCGAGACUGCAGGACUUCCAAGAACUGGAGCUGGUUCUGAUGAUGGGCGACGACGACUUUCUGUUCAGAAACGCGGCACCGACGUGGACUGAGAAGCCUUGUUAUAAUAGGAAAGCAUCAAGGCUGACGUACUAA